AUGGCAUUGACAGUUAUCACGGGCCGACUUUUUAGACUUUCUCGGCAUGUUGAUCACAGAAUUUCCUUUGCUUGUCUUCAUUAUGUACAGGGUCAAUCUCCCGAGCCCCGCGUUAGGGAAUAUUUUUACUUUAUUGACCAUCAUGGCCAGCUUUUUCUUGAUGAUGCAAGGAUGAAGAAUUUCACAUCUUGUUUCAAAGAGAAAAAGUUUCUGGAAUUUUUCUUCUCCCGUCUGAAGAUUAACGAUUCUGGGAAGUACGAGGACGAAUUUCCGUAUUUGUCACCGUGUGGACGAGAGCGCAACUUUGUGCGUUGCGAUGACCGCCCCAUUGUAUAUACCCAUGUACUCCCGUCAAGUACACCUGAAGAUAAUGACAGGUUAUCAUAUGCUGGUGCUGGAGAUCUCCUCACAGUGACCUUUGAACCACAAAAAGUCUGUAUGCUGCCACAUACAGGGAGAGUGUACUACCCAGCUAAGCCAGAGCUGGGUGGCAUAGGGCUUGUUCGCUCGGCUCUGGCUAUAGAAUUCAGUAAGGAUUUUCAGUUUGACAAUGGAGAAGAUAAUCCCCCGUCACAUUUCACGUGGAAGGGUAAAAAGUAUGUUUUGACAAAUGAGCUAUUUUAUGUUCUCAAGGAUAUAGAAGUCUCAAAAAACUCUGGAUCAUAAUUUCAAGUCUGUAGAUUUGAUAUCUUUAUGUCAGACUAAGAUUAAAUAUCCCCCACUACUGUUUUCUUUUUGGAAAAAUAAAAAAGUCAGCCAGUUGUAAAAUCAUGGAACUAAAUGUAAACAGGUAUAUUGGUACUGACUUUGAUGGAUGGUAUGUGCAGAUCUGUCAGGGUAUAAAUAUGAAUGUAAUCAACAAAAUCCUGUGGCUUUCAAAAAUUCUGGGCCAAAGCGAUCCUGCAAAACAAGACCAAUGAAGUUCAUAGGUCACUGUUAAACUACGGCUGUAAAUGAAGCAAACACCAGUGUAUACAUACAUUAUUUAAUCCCGGCUGGCUCUUGGCUCAAGCAUUGCUCUGGACCCGACGAUCAGCCAUCACUCACCAAUAAGGUCACGAGUUCAAAUCCAGCUUUUGC